AUGGCUCAGCCUUCCAACAAGCGCAAAAGGGCGAACGACGACAUCGGUCGACAGCUCGAGGAGGCACAAGCCACUGGCGCUGGUCCAGAUGAGGACUUCUCUACCUCAUUGCUACAGCAUGUCGAAGCCGACAACCAGCGCACAACGGCGGAAGCUGCUCUCCAAGCACAGCACAUGCCUCCAUACCCCGAUCCCGCAUAUGUUGGUGACGGUUCUGCAGCCGGUGGCAUACCGGCGUUCCCUGAUCCUGAACCCAACCAAGAGAAUGAACCUGUGGCUCAGCAGACAUAUGACAAUAACAACCGGGCUGGUGCAAGGUCCAAGCCUGCUAUGGGCACUGAUGAAUGGCACGCCAUCCGCAAAGCCAGCCAUAAAGAAGUCGAGCGCCGCCGCCGCGAAGUCAUCAAUGAAGGCAUCGAGAAUAUCUCCAAGAUCAUACCAGGUGCAGACAGCGGUAGCAACGCCGCCGACGGCAAGAACAAGGGUGCCAUCCUCAAUCGUGCUUACAACCACAUCGUCCGACUGAACGAGGCCGAGACCAAGUUCGAAGCCGAACGCCAGCUACUCAACGUAACCAUCCAGGAGCUCACCAAGCGAUGCGAGGCCCUGAAAAACUCGAACCAACAGGCAUGGAACGAGUCAAACAAGUGGCAACAACGCUGUCGGGAUCUGAACGGUAACUUCGAUGACUAUGACAGCCAUGCUCCUGGCUUUCAAGACCCGACAGCAGAUCUCGAUUCACUCCAACCUUAG